UUUCGCUCGGAAAAAAAGGGACAAAAAAGAGGGAAAAAAAAUCUAACUUUUUCUCUCUUUGGAGAGCUCUAAUGGCGGAAGCUUAGGGAAUCGGAGGAGGGAUUCGUGGGAUCGGGUGGUGUUUUGGGAGGAGGUAUGCCGACGAUUCGGUACCAGAUUAGGAAUGAGUAUGGGCUGGCGAGCUCGGAGCUCUACCAGGCAGCGGAUAGAGAUGAUCCUGAGGCCAUCCUUGAGGGAGUUGCCAUGGCGGGUCUCGUUGGCGUGCUACGCCAGCUCGGAGAUCUCUCGGAGUUUGCUGCAGAGAUAUUCCAUGAUUUGCAUGAAGAAGUCAUGGCCACUGCUGCUAGAGGACAUGGCAUGAUGCUUCGUGUCCAACAGCUAGAAGCAGAGUUUCCAUCUAUUGAAAAGGCAUUACUUUCACAGACCAAUCAAACAGGUUUUGCUCAAAAUACAGGUGUCGACUGGCAUGCUAAUCUUCAAUGCAAUCAGAAUUUAAUCACAGGAGGAGAUAUGCCUCGCUUUAUUCUGGACUCUUAUGAAGAAUGCCGUGGUCCUCCCAGAUUGUUUACGUUGGAUAAGUUUGAUAUUGCCGGUGCGGGGGCAUGUUUGAAAAGGUACUCUGAUCCGUCUUUCUUUAAGACAAACUCAGUGUCUUCAGAUAAGAUUGAAAAAGAGGUUCAGAUUGAAAAGAAGUCUCGAAAAAUUAAGAAGAAGGGCCCUCGUUUGAGGAAUGGUGCAACUCUUGAAUCUUUAUUGUCACCCCGUAAAAAUGCAAAUUCACAGCUAGUAAAUUCUGCAGAAGUUUCUGAAACAAUUCCCAUAAGGCGUGUGAAAUUAAAACAUAGAAACUUAAAUGAUCCAACCUCAGGUAGUGGAAAAAGCUAUAUGGAAAAUUUUAUUGAAGUUCAUUUGCCUGAGGAGAAAGGUUUUAAAAAUUCUAAGAGUCACAACCAUGUGAUGAAGAAAUCAUUUGAUUCCAGUGAAUCAGUUCCUGAAGAAAAUGAGGUUUUCAUUGAUAAUUCAGUUAAAAGUCCAUCAUUCAAAGGGAAAACCCCAACUCAGUUACCUUUUGAACAAAAGGUGAUAGUUGUACCAGCCAACAAGCUUGACAAUCAUGAUGAAGAUUUAUUUGAAUCACUAUCUGAACCAGUUUGUGAAGUACAAAGUGAAAAGAAAGCCUUCGCUGAGAUAGAAAACAAACUAUUUAGGAGUGCUAAUGGUUCUCAUCCUAGUGAGUUGGAAAAGAGCCUGCCACCAGUUCAGGUACUGGAUCAGAAUCAGCUGUCAAUUGAUGCUGAGUUCGGAGAAAAUGGUCAUCCUGAUGGUUAUAUGUCUGAUGAUGUUACCAGUGAGAUGGAAAAGUACAUGGAUGCCCUGAAUACAAUGGAGUCAGAAUUAGAGACAGAUUCUGAAAGCAAGGCAAGAAGAAUGGCUGGCCAGUUAAAUCUGGAGCAGCAACUGGUCAAUUGUAAUGAAGAAGUAUUGGAGUUACAAUGUCACUCUCUGGGGCGUGAUUCAACUCAGAACUCUACAGUCUCUUUGGCUGAUUUUGUCAAUAGAAGUGCACCAAGUACUUCUGAUUUAGAUACUGUUGAUAAUAUGUCUGAUUCACAGCCACCUCAAGACAUGGUUGAUUCUGAUAUGCCUACUAGUUCAGUGGUAUACCCGGAUGAAAUCCUGGAAGCUUCUGCUGAAGCUAUCUAUAGAAAUGUGGAAGAUGUGGAACAUGAAACUUCAGAAAAUAUAGUCUCUGAUGAAAUUUAUGAUGCGGUGGGAUCUAAUAUUACAAAUGUAAGGCUGGAAACCACAGAAGCAUCUGCUAGUUCGUGCAUUAUCACAGAAACAAUCAGUAGAAAUGUGGAAGAUAUGGAACAAGGAACUCCAGAAAAUAUAGUCUCUGAUGAAGUUUAUGAUUUCCUAGGGUCUGAUAUGAUGAAUGUAAGGUCUGAAAUCGCAGAGGCAUCUGCUAGUUCGUGCGUUACAGAUCUGACCACUACUCACCAAUUGGCACCUCUAGAAAGCACCAAUGAAGAAGCACAAUCUGUGAUUUUAGACCAAAUCAAGCUGCCUUCUGGUUAUGCGAAAGACACCUUUGAAGUUCCUGAGCAUUUGCAUGAUAAUUUAUCAAGCACCACAGAGAACAUUGAACUUCCUUCCCAAUUAACCACUGAGAUAGGGCCUCCUGAACUCCCUGAAAAAUCUGAGAUCCUUUUGGAUGCCCCACUGGGUGAGAAUGAUAUCACAAACUCAAUCCUUGAGGGAACAGAGAGUCCAAAAAUUAUUGAUCAUACAACUUCUGCCAAAGAGCAAACUUCGGAAGUGACAGCAGCCAUCUUUGACAAAUCUGACCAUCUUUCUCAAACACAUGGAAAUGUUCUUGAUGAAGACAGUUUAUCUUGGCUUGGCAAGCCUCUGAGUCCAUCUACUUUUCCAACAGAAGAGCCGGAAAAGAUACCAGAGAUAGAUGAAGCUGAUACUCAAUUUGAUGCAUCAACAACCGUAGCUGCUUUUAACCAAGAUCACAGUUCCACAGGUGUGCAACCUGAGUAUUUGCUUGCAGGAAUGGAGAGUGUUGGACCAGUUGAGGAUUUGGCAUGUUCAUUAUCAAUAUUAGUCCCAAAAGAUGCAGAUGACAAUGCUGAAGGUAAUAGUCAGCCAGCUAAUGUGCUUCCUGCUGAAUUGGAUAGCCUAUCUGAUCCUGCUGAACAUCAAUCCUCCAACAUUAUCAACUCUGAGGUGCUAAAAUCUCUGUUUCCAAAUGAGGGGACCCCGCAAAAUUUUUCUUCUGAUUGUGAGAAGAACAAUGUGUCUGCAGAUUCUGAGGAUAUGAAACCAUUAUUUGGUUGUGAUGGGCUUAUUGUCGAAGCUGAUAGUGAUACACAUGACCCUCUCACAUUUUCUUCUGAGGAAACUGACUUCCGUGCAGAGUCCCAAGAAGAUUAUGUUGCUGAAGAAGCUGUUCCAAAUCAAUCUAAAGUGAGCAUCAAUGAGUUAUCUGAUCCAAAGGAUUUAACUGCACUGGAUUCUGAAACCACUAGAAAUGUUCUUCCUUGUUUUGAGGUAGAAGAUCAGCAGUUACCAGCGCCAACUAUUUCCACCUCUGAAUUUUUUGUUGAAGAUUCAUUUACUGCUAUUGGGGAGCCAUUAGAUGGUGUUUGCCAUUCACUUCUGUCUGGAGAUGCCCAAACAGAUUUGAAUUCCUUUAAUGAUGAUGAGAUACAUUCACCGAGAAAUGUAGAUUUGUCAUCAAUGUUGGGUUCUGAUGAAUUUAUGAAGGAAGACUUGUCGACUGUUAAUUUUCUUUCAGGGCCUGCAAUUUCAGUUGAAGCAUCAAAGGUAGAAGAUGCCAGUGAGGCAAAUGUUAUGUAUUCACAAGAAGGUGGUGAGCAUCAUCAGCAGUGUGAUACACUACUUGAAAGUGGGGCAGUAGUUGAACAAAGCGAUGGAGAUCCGAAGCAAGAAUUGGAUUCUUCUGCCACUGUAAGUAGGGACAAUGAUUGUGAGUCAGCUUUACCUAUUUCAAACAUAGAGGAUUCUACUCCUGUGUGCAGCUCUGAAGUUCCUCCUACCUGCUUGGGUUUUGAUGCUUCAGCUGCAGCACCACUGUUUCCUCAUAGCAUUGGCCUGGUUCCUUCUGAAACUACACCCAAGUUUGCAGGCACUUAUCUGGGAGAACCAGUCUCUAUCUUUCCAUCGGAAGGUAUUGCAAACACACCACCACUUCCUCCUCUUCCCCCACUGCAGUGGAGAAUGGGAAAGCCUCAAUAUUUCUCAAAGUCAGAUGGAAAGACAGAGCAAACUUUCAUGAGACAAAAUCCAUUUUCAGACCUAGCUACUGAAGAUAAGAAGCAUCCAAACUGUUCUGAAAAUGCUAAUAUUGAAAUGUUUCAGCUGGACAAUUUGUUUGCUACUUUUCCACCAAUAGGAAGUGACAAUAUACAACAUGGCUCUAUGGCUUCAGUAGGGAAAGGAGUACAUCCUUUGAGAUUGGUGGAUCUUCCACCAAUUGCUGAUGAUGCUAGACAUCCAGAAUCUAGUUAUGAUGUGGUGGGGGAAGGAAUGCCAAAACCAUCUGAAUCUUUUUCAGUGUUGCCUGCUGUAGAGGAGGAAGGGCUAUUUCAGCAUCUCCCCUCAUUACAGGCUGAAAGAUCACAAGUGUCAGAGUUGUCAGGUCGACAGCCAACACUAGAUGAUGAGAGAUCCAGGCUUGAUCAGUUGCUACCAAGAGUAGACACAGACAGCGGGCACCAAAGUACCAUUACGAAUGAGAGAAAUGUUAUACAGUCACCUGACACAUUCUUGGAAAUGCCAACUAUUGAUGAUGAUGUGCGCCAUUUCAGCUAUGGAGUUUAUGGAAGUGAAAACAUGCAGCUCAUGCAGUUGUCAAUGCCCCAACAAUUUGGAGAACCCAAGCUGUCUCAACAUGAUUUUCUAUAUUUACAUGGAAACUCCUAUGUUCAAUAUGGUGUUACUUUCCCAGCAAUAGAAGAUGAAAAACCAAAUGGGAAGCUUUCAUCCAUUCGUGCCCGCCCCAGAGAUCCUUUGAUAGAGGCUGUGGCUUCCCAUGAUAAGAGCACGUUGAGAAAGGUAUCAGAAAUGGUCCAACCAUCCACCAAGCCCAAGGAGGAUGAUAGGAAUUCAUUAUUGGACCAGAUAAAGAAUAAGUCUUUUAACCUAAAACCCACCGUGGUUACAAAGCCUAGCAUGAAGGGUCCUGCAACAAACAUUAAGGUUGCUGCUAUCUUGGAGAAAGCAAAUGCAAUUCGGCAGGCAUUUGUGGGGAGUGAUGACGACGAUGAUGAUGGAGAUAGUUGGAGUGAUUCUUAGGAAGUGUUAUAUCAAGCUUUUGAAUCCAACUUAUAUCGGUUUAGUGAAAACACAAAAUGGGUGAGUAGACAGAGUCACAGAGGGCUAGACAAAGCUAGAAUAGCGCAAUAUCGCAGUGUUAGCCAAUCAAUACCUGUGUGAACUGUGAAGUACUCCCGUUGUACAAGCAAUCAUGUAUAGUGGUGCUAUUUGUACCCUUCACUAUAUUCUCAACAAAAAUGCAUUAGAAAAUUAUCUUGUAUCAUCCUAGUGAUUUCCGGAAAGCUUUUGGAGACGAUAUCGUUGUGCUCAGUGUAAAAUUGUUGUAUCGAGAAAAAUUUUGAGAUGUAGCGAUUGGAAAAUCAGGAGGUUAUGUUGGUGGGCAGAGUAUGUAUUUUUCUUUAUGUUAUUCAAUAUGAAAGUUAUGUACAGACAAACUUCAAUAUCUAUUGAGCAAAUGAGUAGACAAGUCAUUUGUGAUGGUUUA